AUGCCGACGAUGCAAGUUGAAAGGCAUUGCCAGCCAACAAAGACCCAGAGUGACGGCGCUUCCCCUGUUUCAGCACGCCCGCCUAAGCCCAAACGCUCAGUCCGGUCAAGCAGGCAGGAAGAUAUCACCACUCAUAUCCACACACUAACAGAUGCUCAGAGGAGGGAUACAUCCCCACCGGCAUCUGAUGCCAAAGUCUCGAGCCACUCAAAUUUCCUUGGUACUACCGGCUACUUGGGUGUGUUCAGAGAGACACCCUGGUGGGGAUCGCGAAUAUCAUGGAAUGGCUCUCUCCAAACCGAAUUUGAACACUGGCGAACAAACCAAACAUAUACAUGUGCACGACUAGUCCGCCUAAUUUGUGCCGUAGGAUUUUACCGCAAGCAUAUUACUUGGUACUAUCAGCGAGGACGAUUCACCAUCAUUCCCGCGCCUUUGGUUCUCGAUUCAUUGAGCUUGGUACAGGAGCACGUCGAGAAAAAUGCCUGGAACCAGGAAGGCAAUUGGAAAGAUAUCUAUGAGCGAAUUACUGCUACCACGUCACAACCACUAGAAUUUUCCAGUGACACCUCAGCGGAAGAGUUUUAUUCUCUCUAUACAGGGGAGAAUCUCCGGUGGGAAUUCGUCGGGUUCAUGUUUGCUUUAGCCGGAGGUAGCGUGCAGCGUCGAUACAAAGGCAAUCAUGUUUUGGACUUGGGAAAUGGCGAAGAAAUGGUCGCCGACACUUUCACGAAAGAGAUGGUGCUUGCGACCAACGCUUGCAUGGAGAUAUGCAGGCAGCUUGGACACGUCAAUGACUUGAUGAUUUGGAUGCGACACACUUAUUGCCUCGUAGGAUCGGAAGUUUUAGGUGAAACCAGUGAGAGAGUAUACAAUGUUUUCGGCGACAUCGCAUCAAACGUUUAUGCUAUGGGCCUGCAUAGGGACCAUUAUUCUGCUAAUGUUCCUUUCUUUCUUUCCGAGACACGGAAGCGAGUGCUCGCGGCUAUACACAAAUCCGAUAAGAAUGGGGCAACGUUCCGUGGACGACCACCUCGCCUACCAUAUCAAUACUGCGAUUUCGCUCUUCCAUUGGAUUUAGCCGAUGAUCAGCUUUUUCUAGAUGAGAAAUCUAUACGAGUUGCCCUCAAUGGGCUUGAUGACGAAGGCUGGAACUCCCAGGGGCAGUUCUACCCGGCAACCAUAAUACGCAUGCGCCAUAUCGUAACCACUCUUGGAGAGAAAAUGCUUGGGCUUUCUCUAGGUUCUAGAACCAUGAGUUAUCACCAAGAUCUUUUGGAAACACAUCAGUUGUGUCAGCAAACUUGGGACAGAAUUCCGGUGCGGUUCCGCUACAGUUCAGACUGUUGGCAACAAAAAGACCAUCUUGAAUGUCUUGCUAGAGCAAUUGUAUACCUUGAUUUUCUCUCAAAUGUCUUUCAAAUACAACGAAUUCGGCGCCAAGAGGAGCCGGAGGCAACGAAAGACCUGCUUGAUACUUCAAUGCAGUUGUUAUCAGUUAUUAUUGACAUGAUAAAACAAGUUCAGCGGCACGAAAAUAUAAAACAGAUUCCAUGGAUUCUUUUGAUUUAUGGUAUCCCAGCCGCAAAGGUACUCGUUACCGAAGUGCAUCGCCACACUGUUUCAAACCAGCCUCUUCCAUCAUCUUCAUCUCGUUCAGAGAUAAUUCGGAACCUCAGUUUUCUAAUCUCGUGGGUUGAGACUUCGGGAAUGUCACCGUCUGUCACCGGCGCCGCAUGCUUGGAACUCACAAAGUUGAUCGGCAGGCUUCUCGAUGAGGCGCUUAAUUACCAGACUCCUCAUUUUCCUCCUUCUUCCUUAGUAGGCGCCACAAACCUGCAAGAAGUUGAUAAGUUGGGUCUUGUUACUCUCGCUCAAAGCACUGUCCCUGCCCAGAUCACUACUGAUGAGGCUAUGAAUCGAUCAGAGUCUCAGAACCAGCUUCAAGGACUGAUAGAUCUCGGAGUAGGGGACGACGCAUUCCUUGGGUUGGGAUGUGGUUUUGCGAGUGAUCGGUUCAAUUGGCUCGAUGAAAUUGAGUUGGAAACAGAUAUGGGCCCUUGGAGACUCUGA